AUGAAACAGAUCCCUUCUUCUUUGUCAGCCCUGGCCUGGUCAUUUGGUGACAUGGCCCAGCAGCCUGGGGGGCUGGGGAAGGCUGAGAUCGGAGCAGUCGGGUCCAGGGGAGCCGUCGGACCUUCUGGUUGCAGGAAACAGCCGGAGCCCUAUUCCUGGCUUCAACGAUGCUGGUGCCAGGGCUGCCCCGAGCCCAGGACCUGGGGCUGUGGCAGCACUGGUGGGUCUCCUGCCUGCAACUGCCGAUGGCCCCCUGGGCCUCCGAUCCAGGCAACGAGACCUCGAAGCCUGCCCCUCGUCUGCUCGGACUGUUGUUUGAGAGCUGGGAAGCUCUCCAGUCCAGCUCCCUGUUCCAAAGGAGAAACAAGGCCAGAGAGGCUGAGAGAGGGCACGGGGCCACCCCGGGGACAGGAUCCAGCCGAUGUCCUUACUGUCCUGGCUUAG